GUGAACGGACUGUCGCUCGCUCGCCCUUCCCCCUUGUAGUCUGACGAUUGCCCUCCUCUCGCUCUCUUGCUCCUGUCUCUCCUUCAUCCCUUGAGUCCUAAACGAAUACGUGAACAGCGCCAAUUCUCUCGCCCGUGGAUAGAGUCAUCGCGAAGUUUUGUCUGCUGGUUAUAGUGGGAAACAAGGAAAAACAAAGGAAACGGUGGAAAUUAACUGCCAGUCGAACAUCAGUGGGAUUUGAGAUAAGGCAGCAGGAGAAAGAGAAUAAAAAAAGCGCGUGAAGAAAGACUGAUAAGAAUAUAUCACUAUUCAGAAUGGAAGAGAGCGAGACAUUAUCAUAUCAUUACUAUGAAAUACCAAACAGUGGUAGAUGCCCAAAGGAAAUAAUUUUUAAAUGACCAAUUCUUUAGGAAAAAUAUAUACUUUGAAAUAUAUUAGUUAUUAACAACAUAUGUAUUGUGAUUUGAAUGAAUAAAGUUUGUGCCAAGUUAGUGUCCCGAGAAUUAUAUUUUGAUAACUGGGGAGGCAGUGUUUAUGAGAUUAAUAUAUGACCUAGUCACAGGAAUAUAAAUACGAUUAAUUGUUGUUGUCCGUAAAUGAUUAUACUAUUCAAAUAUUGAGAGAACCAAGAUGCCUGGAUAUAACGUACAGUGCAAUAGUUGCUAUCCGUGUUGAUACUAUCCGUGUUGUAAGUGUCCUGAAGUUGGUGAAAUAUUGUAGUCUGGCUCAUUAUUUAUGAAUAUCAUUAGUUCGGUACCUCAUGCUCGACCAAAACAGGCCAACAAAAACUUUAAGGUUCAGCCGCGGAGGAUAUUGUGGUGAUGCUGUCUUAGCUGACCUCUCUGUGGCUCCCUGAGCAACUCCAACACAAACACAAAUUCGUUGUGUUCAAAGCCAGUACUGGGACCAUACAUGUAUGACUGGAAGGCGCCUCACACUGCCGCCCCAGGGGCUCCGGUACCCUUGCGGGGGUGCUGUGCAGCCACCUGCUACCCCCAUCAGCACCCCGGGAGUGGAAUACUUUCUCGCAAGAUCCUUGCGGACAACAGUAAGCGCUCGAACCUCCAGUUUCUCUCUGACGCUCAAGACGUUGUUUUUCUUGAUGCUCGCCUUGUCCCCGGGUGUGAAAGCAGCGGUCGGUGUCGCGACAAACCCCUCGUUGGCUGUACCAGUUGCUCAAGACGUUCGCUUUGGCAGGGACCACACUUUCCGCCCACAACAAAGCCAUGUGUCGUCGAGGACGCACCAUGCCCAGGCCUCCUCGCCUCCUCGCCCGCCCUCACACGAAACCAAGGAGACAGGCCAGAGUGCGGUGUCAAACACGGUCACCAGAAGCCCAGCAGAUAUAUGGUCUACUUCUCAUCGAACAGCCGCCCAAGCGAAAGCAGGCAGGCCCCCCACUUCCUCCUCUCCUCCCGUGCUGGAGCCUCAUCCUCGGGGCCAGACACCCUUCACAGGCUCUCGUCAGCAGUGGGGAGAAAGUGGACCCAUAGCAUCGCCACUGACUCAUUCAUUAGUCGGGGAAUUAGAUAGUGGGGAAGAGUGUGUACCCUGCCAUUAUGGUAUGUAUAAAUAUCCUUUGGGGAAAAGUUACGGCAGUAGAGCCAAGUAUGUCGCCUCAUCAGACCGCCUGGAGGCGCCCCGACACACGUUUAUCGAUAGUGAUGGAUACAGAGGGAAAGCGUCUGCCGGAACAAAUCUGCAUAACAGGCUGAAUUCAAACCACCUCGGAGAGGAUGUAAAAUUUAGUCCUAAGGGUCUGCAUGGGGGAGACCGACCCAAUAUCUGGACAUCCCAAAGCGGCCAGAAGUCACAGAACCUACAGGAUGAAAAUCUCUGGCCAUUUCUUCCCGGAACGCGAGCGUUUGGGAACCAUAGAGACAAGAUAAAGCUUAAUCUCGACUCGGAUGAAACGCGUGAGGAUGCAAGGGAAGAACUCCACAUAAAAGCAGCAGCGGCGUCCAAUUUUUAUCAUUACACGAACGCGAAAACUUCCAGAAAAUCUCGGCAGCGAAAAGUGCAAUCCAAACUAAUUUACACCCGCGAUAUGAGACGCGAUUCACAGUUCAACGAACCCCCAUACCACCCGGCAUUAACGUCCUCCACACUCACGAAAAAGGGCGCAAAUCGCUCACCAGAAGACGGGUCUUCAUCCAGAAACAGGAACGGCGAAUUUUUGGUCGAGUUCGGACUGGGUCAGACGGAGGAGGAGGAGGAGGAGGAGGAGGAGGAGGAAGGAGAGGAUUCGCUGUGGAGCAACGGCAUGGGGCAGACCGAGGGGGUCGUCUUUGAUAACGACAACGACGACCGUAAAGACCAGGAGAAGUUCCAAGCUAGGGAUAGGGAUUCAGUGCAAUCGGGACACCCAAACGAAGGAGGAUUUCCCCCAAGAGACAGCUUAGUGAGCGGCGGAGAAAGAACGACCAGAUUUAAGGAGGAGAAGCACCCACUGGUUACUGAUUACGGCCGUAUAAACUUCGGAAGAUCGUUGCGCUACCGGAGGGAACGUACAGACCCCGGAAAUAAUGUGCUGGUUCUUCCUGACGCGGAACAGCGUGACGUGACGGUGGUGGAGGGCGGGCUGGCGGCUCUGCCCUGUGACCUCUCCCGCGAUGACCCCGAAGACGCCGUUCAGCUUAUUCUCUGGAUGAAGGAAGGAAUUAUCACCCCUAUAUACAGUUACGACCACCGCGAACUGCAAGCUGGACGACCCAAGCAGACCAAGCCGGAUGCCAACACGACCUUAGCCAGAAGAACGACCUUCAGGGCUGACACGUCUCCUGCUGCUCUGCUGAUCGAGAGGGUUGAUGCUGACGACGGGGGAAUUUAUCGCUGUAGGGUAGAUUACCUACUUUCCCCGACGCAGAACAAGAAGGUUAAUCUGACUGUUAUUGUGCCGCCCAGCCGAGCCCGCGUCGCGUGGCACCUCGGGAACUCGGGAAUGAUGCCAGUGGAGAACGGAGUGGCAGGACCCUUUCAGGAAGCCACGCAACCUGUCCUCACCUGUUCGAAUGAUGACGGCUGGCCGCCCCCUGCAGUUGUGUGGUAUGAGGGAGAUAAGGUCCUUGACGACACCUUUGAGGUCGAUGAGAACGGAGCUACGGUCGAGAAUGAGCUUAGACUCGGUUCCUUGACCCGAGGUGACUUGGGGCGGCGUCUCACUUGCAUUGCAACGAACACCAACAAGACUCAGCCUGCAACGACUACAAUCACCAUAGCAAUGACAUUGGGCAUCGUGAGUGUGAGAGUGGAUGAGGUGCUUCCAGUGUGGGCAGGAGAGAGAGCUGAAGUGCAGUGCAAAGUGUGGGGAUCACGCCCUCCGCCCACGGUGGUGUGGUGGCUGGGAUCGGUCAUGCUCUCGCCCACACAUACAAAGGUAAGUGACUAAAGGAGCAUAAGAAAAAAAAAA